AUGUAUAAACGCAUAUCGCAGAAGCUCCGAGAUGAUACGUUCAGGUUACUGAAACAAUUGGUUGAGGAAGUCCCACUGGAAAAUAAACAGAGAAACGUUAACCCCGAGCCUUUCCAUGGCUUCAUUGGACCAUGCACUGAUGAGUCUCUGUAUGAAGGAUAUGAAAUUGUAGGUGCCUCCAGCUACGAGGGUGUUAAAAACUUUGCUCAACUUGUGUGGCCUGAUGGUCACCCCCGCUUUUGCGAAACUGUGCACACCAUAGUCAAUCAGAUGAAGGAGCUGACCCGUACGAUAUGGUUAAUGAUAAUAGAUAGCUAUGGAUUAGGGGAGAGAUUGGAGUCAGUGGUGAGCAACUACGACAUGCUGCUGCGGAUGAUGAAAUACAAGGCCCUUCCCUCCAUCUGGGGUUUACGAGAAAGCAUUCCAUUCUCAUACUGA